AUUUUCGAAUUGGCCUCCGCCUCCACCAGCACCUCAGCAGCAUGGACCUCCAGACGCGCCGCAGCACCUCGAUGGAGCAUGGCAUCUACCGCUCCAAGGACGUCGAGGCGCAGAUGACCCAAGUGCUGGCGAUCCUGUCCAAGGACACGCUCUUCAACGCGGCGUCGCUCCAGGCCGAGGUCGAGUGGUUCUACGGCCCGCUCGGCCUCCAUGAGUUCUACUUCCUUGGCCACUCGCCGGAGGUGAUUGCGUCGCACAUCAAGUCGCUCCUCGCGGCCAAGAUCCUCACCAAGACGUCUGGCCAGGACCAAGAGUUCAAGCUCGUGCAGGAGAACGCCAAGUCGGCCUUCUUUGCCACGCGCUCGAACGUGCAGGGUGACGAGACGCGCACGACGCGCACGAUGAACUCGAACGAGGUCGCCAACCUCGAGCGCUUCAUCGAGAAGGAGUACCUCAACUCGUCGACCGAGUGCAUCGGCGACGGUGUCAAGACGGGCUACCAGCACCUCGAGCAGACGGAGGCCGCCAAGAUCCGCCAGUACCGCCUCCAGUGCUACCGCUCGGCCGGUGUGCUUGAUGCCAAGCUCGUGCCGUCGCACAUGCGCCUCUACUUCCUCCAGGAACCCGACUUUGUCGUGCCCAACCCGGUCGAAGGCGAGACGGACAUCAACAAGAUCGCGGACAAGAGCUUCCUCGAGCGCUCGGGCCCCAACCUCAAGAAGGUCUACCAGGAAGUCCUCAAGACGGCCGCGAGCCAGAUGACGCCGGCGUUCCACACCGAAGUGUGGCUCGAGCCCGACAACACCAAGAUGGCGCGCCUCACGGUCUGCUUCAAGGCCGGCUCGACGCACAGCUACUUCUCGUCGCUCGCCGAUGUCUACCGUGGCCACGGCCUCUUCUCGUCGCGCAAGUACGCCGAGUACUUCUCGAACGGCUACGUCGUGUACGGCUUUUACCUCCAGCAGCUCGAGUGCAACGCCAAGGGCUCCGGCACCUUUGAGGAGCGCGUCGCGGCCUGCUUGUCGGACGCGUCGCUCCACUACGUGCUCCCGCGCACGUCGCUCUCGCCGAUGCUCCGCGACCACCUUUUGACGCCGCAGCAGAUCUCGUACGCGUACGCCGCGUGGAAGUUCACGUUCCACUUCCUCCAGCGUCUCCCGGAGGCGUACUCGGUCGUCUCGGACUCGCUCCGUGACCGCGACUCGGUCGCGUUCGCGCGCCUCGAGCAGCUCCGCUCGGCGAUGAAGCAGAACACGUUCACGGAAGCCCAGAUCCUCGACCACAUCCUCGCGUCGCCGGCGCUCGUCAAGACCUUGUACGAAGAGUUCGAGGCGCUCCACUCGCCGUCGAGCAAGAACCGCAACCGCACGCGCGCCGAUACGCUCUCGGCGCUGCGCAAGGCCGUCUCGUCCGAGCAGGCGCUCACGGUCUUCUCGCAGUUUGUGGCCUUCAACCACCACGUGCAGCACACCAACUUCUUCCGCAAGCAGAAGUCGGCGCUCGCGUUCCGCCUCGACGGCGAGUUCCUCCCGUCCACCGAGUACCGUGAGAAGCCGUUUGCGGUCAUCUUUGUCAUCGGCUCCGAGUUCCGCGGCUUCCACACGCGCUUCCUCGACAUUGCGCGCGGCGGUAUCCGCAUGAUCCGCUCGUCGCACGCGCAGGUGUACCUCAACAACGUCUCGUCGUGCUUUGACGAAGGCUACGGCCUCGCCUCGACGCAGCAGCGCAAGAACAAGGACAUCCCGGAAGGCGGCUCGAAGGGCGUCGUGCUCCUCAACCUCGCGCACCAGGACAAGGCCGACCUCGCGUUCAAAAAGUACAUUGACGCGCUCCUCGACAUUAUGCUCCCGGAGAACGACGGCAUCGUGCGCGCCCAGGAAGACAUUCUCUUCCUUGGGCCGGAUGAGGGCACGGCCCACCUCAUGGACUGGGCGUCGUCGUACGCCAAGUCGCGCGGCUACUCGUACUGGAAGGCCAUCACGACGGGCAAGUCGCCGUCGCGCGGUGGUAUUCCCCACGACGAGUACGGCAUGACGACGCACUCGGUGCGCCAGUUUGUCACGGGCAUCCAAGCCAAGCUCAACCUCAAGGCGCCGGGAGCCAAGCGCCUCACCAAGGUGCAGACCGGCGGCCCGGACGGUGAUCUCGGCUCGAACGAAAUCUUGAUGAGCGAGGGCGAAGACACGAUCGCGGUCGUCGACGGCUCCGGUGUGCUCUACGACCCGAACGGUAUCAACCGCGCCGAGCUUGUCCGCCUCGCCAAGGCCCGGUCGCCGGUCGAGGGCUUCAACAAGGCGCUCCUCUCCAAGGACGGGUACCUUGUCCUUAUCUCGCAGAACGACUUCAAGCUCCCGUCGGGCGAGGUCGUCGAGAACGGCACGCAGUUCCGCAACAACUUCCACAACCGGUCGGACGUGACGGCCGACUUCUUCGUCCCCUGCGGCGGUCGCCCGGCGGCGGUUAACCUCAGCAACGUGACCAACUUCAUGUACCAAGCCGAUGGCAAGACGCUCCGCUUCAAGUACAUUGUCGAAGGCGCCAACCUCUUCUUCACGCAGGACGCGCGCCUCGUGCUCGAGAAGGCCGGUGUCGUCCUCUUCAAGGACGCGUCGGCCAACAAGGGCGGUGUCACCUCGUCGUCGCUUGAGGUCAUGGCCGCGCUCUCGAUGACUGACGCCGAGUUUGGCGAGCACAUGGCCGUCCAGGCCGGCAAGCCCAAGCCCGCGUUCUACCAGGCGUACGUCGCCGAAGUCCAGACGCGCAUCGACAACAACGCGACCAAGGAGUUCGAAUGCCUCUGGCGCGAGCACCAGCGCACGCCGACGCCGUAUGCGAUUCUGACCAACUUGCUCUCGGAGCGCAUCACGGACCUCAGCGUCACGAUCCAGGACUCGUCGCUCUACGAACAAAAGGCGCUGCGCGACGUGAUCCUCAAGGACGGCUUCCCCAAGACGCUCCAGGCCAAGAUCGCGUACGACGAGCUCCUCAAGCGCCUCCCCGAGUCGUACCUCCGCGCGCUCUUUGCGUCGCAGCUUGCGAGCCGCUUCGUCUACUCGUGCGGCCUCAACUGCCCCGAGUUUGCCUUCUACGAGUUCGUCCAGACGCUCAACCACUAAGUCUCCUUGCCGUAAUUCAUAUGCUUCUUGUUUCGA